ACACACACUUCCUGUUUUUUUUGUUUUUUUUUUAUCUGGGCUUGCCAUGGUUAUUUUGGCUUCCAUGACGGGCAUUAAAACAAAUCAUGAAUUAAACUGUAUGCUUUUUUUUCAUGCUGGAUUAAUUGACACUACUGUGGACGUUUUUUCGUCUUUAUUGUGGUUUUAUUAUUCGCUGAAAGUCGGCUUGCUUGCUUAAAAGGGCAACGGAGAAGAGCAGGUGGGCCCCACUCUCAAAAAAGCCUGUAUGACGAGUGCGUUUAUUUGUUCUCUCCAUCAUCUCCAUGGCGUCGAAUAAAGAGGCUCAGCGCAGGCAGCGGCGUAGAGAGCUGGACGCUAGAAGGAGUAAGUUUCGUGUGCGACUCGGCUCAUGGCCGGAGAGCUGGAGUAAACUGAAGGACCAGCUGGGUUUCUCUCUCCACUCAGAGCUUGCACAGUUCCUGCUGGACAGUUACUCCUGCAAAGUGUGCAGCAGGUGUUCAGGUGAUGGGAAGGAAGUAAUCUCCGUAACUGUGGCUUCUCUGGAUCAGCUGAUCCUGCUGGUCCACAGUCACGGACAGCAGUGCCCUUUGACCCCAAACCUGCAGUCUGAGCCACACAGACAGGAAGUGAAGGAGAGAGCGCUGGAGGAAGAUCCUGAAACUUCCACGAGGUCAUCUGAAGCAGCUGAAGCAGAACUGUGCCUUACGUACGUCUGUGAAGGUGGACACACGUUCACCUGGCGUCCGAUACACACCCAGAGGGAUGAUAAUGGAGAGAAGAGUGAGCAAGGAAGCGCUGCUCCUUCAGGCCAGAGGAAAAUCAGAGAACGACGGAGGAAAGGAGUGAAGCGAGAGGAGGAGGUAUGCAGGAUGAGGAGCAGGAGGAGCACAAGAGGAAGAUCUGUCUCUGAUGGAAACACUGCUGGAUUCAGACGGAGCGAUGAGACAGAGCAAGUCACCCCAUCCUCCUCAGGAGAGAAUGAGGAAGCAGAAUAUUUGUGUCACAGCGAUGCAGUGCAGCAUGAACAGGAUGCAGGUUCACAGGAAGGAAGUGAUGCGGCUCUUCUCAUCUUGCCCCCAAAGUUCAGCGCUGAGGCCGAGGCUGAUGACUGUCAGAAUAUCAGAGAUAUUGAAAUUCAGGACUCUGUCGAAAGGGUCGCAGGUUCACACAUGCAGUAUGACAGAGAGCUUCCUGACUCCAGCAGGGAUGUUGUAUGGGAUGCAAUACCAAACUCAACCACGAGGGAGCGUGAGAGGAGAGAAGAUGUUCCUGAGACGAGCAAAACCGAGGAGCCGAGGAUGAGAGCGAGGAGAAAAACCAACAGACAACCGUCACAGAAAGACGAGCUUUUGAAGAUAAGCGGCAGAAGGAAAAGAAAACCAGCUCCGAAGCUCAUUUUACCCUGCGAGUUUGACGGCUGCUGGAAAAUAUUUUCAAGUCGUCAGUAUCUCAACCACCACAUGAAGUACCAGCACUUCCAGCAGAAGACCUUCUCUUGCUCCAAUGCCUCCUGUGGAAAAUCAUUCAACUUUAAGAAGCACCUUAAAGAGCACGAGAAGCUGCACAGCGAUCAGAGAGACUACAUCUGUGAGUUCUGUGCUCGUGCCUUCCGCACCAGCAGCAACCUGAGCAUCCACCGCAGAAUCCACACUGGAGAGAAACCACUGCAGUGCGAGGUGUGUGGCUUCACUUGUCGUCAGAAGGCCUCUCUGAACUGGCACAUGCGUAAACACGAUGCCGAGCGCAGCUACCAGUUUGCGUGCGAGAUCUGCGGCCGCCGCUUUGAGAAAAGGGACAACGUGACUGCUCAUCAGAGUAAAAGUCACCCAGAUCACGUGACCUCUGACCUUCCUAAAGAGCCUACAGCCAACGACCUUUGACCUACUUGAGGCUGGAGUUAUAAUUAAGCUUGUGCCAAUAAUAAACAUUCACGUCAUGAUUAUUACCUAACUCUUAUCACUGUUUACAAAAUUUGCCUUCCUCUUCCUCCAACCUGACGCCGUUCCCGGUGUUGCCUUUUAAGGAAAGUGGGCGGAGCAUAGCUAAAUCAAAGCCCACUGCACCCAUUUCAAGCAGUAUUAAAAAUCAUGAAAUCUAAUUUUUUUUGGACACAUAUGUAAAAUUCUGUGAUUAUUACAGGUUUAAAAAUUACAAACUCCGAUUUAUAUUGUAUCUCUGAUUAGUGUCACAUGACCUCCCACACCACAGCACUGCAACACGAGGGGUGACUUCACCUCCUGGCCUAAAGAUACCCGAAGAUGACUCACCAUCCCAACGCAAUCAACAUACCACGGACGGAGUGUUCUCACUCGGUUAACAGAAAUAGUAUAGCCCCACAUACUCCAAAUUCCACAACACCCCAAUCCAACGUGCUACUCAAGGACAAAAAUGAUUCUGUAGGUUACAGUCUUUCCAGUGUUUGGGAUUUGUACCACAUUUGCCUAAAAAUGGGAUCGAUCUUAAUAAAAAUGCUUGGCUAGCCAACUGGCCCCGAGUUCAUUCCCACAUUAGCGAAAAAUGAUGAAAACAAAAGGAUUGUAUGGUGUUUUAUAUAUAGCAAGAGCAGACUGAAUAAGAAUAAGACUCCUGCAAUGAGCACAGGACAGUCUUUAUGAUUACAGCAGCAGCUCUUGGGUAUUAGGGAUGUAAGCGAAUAUGAAUACAGAUACACAUAGGAGGAGCAUUUUUUUUUUUCCUCGUUAGUUUGUUAAAUUUAUCCGCUGGUCACCUUUUGAGACCCAAGAUUGAGCAGUGGAUUUCUUCUAGUAGAGGCGUGUCAGGAUCAGAAAGAGAGAGAUUAUAUGAUGAAG